AUGAGAACGAAAACCGUUGGUGGCAAAAAGCGUUGCCUCACACUCUCUGCAACUUCUCCAUUCUCCUCCAUAACUCCAGAUAGCGACGAUGAAGAUCCAAAUCCACAUCUCCGAAAAGACAUAAUCUCGAAUCGCUGGGUAAUUUUCUCGCAAGACAGAACGAAGAAACCGUGCGAAUUCAAGGGAAAAUCAACGUUCAACACAAACCCUAGCAGAAACAAGCCGUGCAUUUUUUGCAUUGGUUAUGAGGAUGAAUGUACGCCUGAGAUCUUUCGUGUUCCGUUUGAUGAACUCAAUUGGAAGAUUCGUGUUGUGGAACAUCCUUAUCCGGCACUUUCGAGGUAUGUUCCGGAGCUUCAUAGUGUUCCGCCGGAAGAUACGGUUUUGGAUGGAUUUGGGAUACAUGAUGUUGUUGUUGAGAGUCCGGUUCAUUCUGAUCAGCUCGUGGAGUUGUCUCCGAGGGAGAUUGGAGAGGUUUUUGUUGCUUUUAUUAAUAGGGUUCAUGAAUUGCUUCACCUUGGGUCUAUCAAAUACAUUCAGGUGUUUAAAAACCACGGGGCUUCAGCUGGCGCAUCAAUGAGUCACUCUCAUAGUCAAAUCCUGGCCUUGCCAAUUAUUCCAACCACUGUUUCUGCCCGCAUUUCAAAUAUGAAGGAUUAUUUUUAUCAGACAGGGAAAUGCUGUAUAUGUGAUAUUCAGUGCGAGGAUCUUUUGAUUGAUUCGUCUACCUAUUUCUUUUCAUUGGUUCCUUUUGCUGCUUCAUAUCCUUUUGAGAUAUGGAUUAUUCCCCGGAAUCACUCUGCACAUUUCCAUGAAUUGGAUGCUGAAAUGGCAUUUGAUCUUGGAGGUUUAAUGAGACAAACUCUUAGAAAGAUAUCUUUUCAAUUGAACAAUCCGCCAUUCAACUUCAUGGUUCAUACUAGUCCACUGCAUGGUGAUGGGUCAGAGUUGGCAUACAGUCAUUGGUUUAUACAGAUAGUACCUCAGCUAGUUCCGACAACUGGUGUUGAGCUUGGAACUGGGUGUCACGUCAAUCCUGUUUUGCCCGAGGAUGCUGCAAAGGUUCUAAGGGAAGUGAUUGUUCCUGUGUUUGCACAUGAAAGGCGUACCAUAGGUUUUUUACCUCCAAGUAAGAUCGUGGAUUAUAGCGAGGCAUUCACCACUAAAGAGGUGUUUCCUACCCGAGAAUAUCUUCUGAAUUGGGCUCGAGCCAUUGGGAGAGAGAACGGAUUUACUGUCAUUAUUCAGAGGUCAGACAAUGGUGGCACAGGGAAGAAGAAGAUAGGAAGGAAAACAACUGUGAUAUUGGGCUGCGAAAGAAGUGGAAAAUAUAGACAAUAUAAAGAUGCAUUAGCUCGCAAGACUGGAACGAAGAAAUGUGGAUGUCCAUUCAGACUGCGAGGAAGACCUGUUAGAAACGGCGAUGGAUGGAAAGUGAAUGUAGUGUGUGGAUUUCACAACCAUGAAGUAAUUGAAACAGCGAUCGGGAGCACAUAUGCAGGUCGAUUAAGCGGAGAAGAGAAGUCUCUGGUCGAUGAUUUGACGAAGAAUAUGGUAAAACCAAAAGACAUAUUGCAGACAUUGAAAGAAAGAAAUGAAGAGAAUCUGACUUCUAUCAAGCAGAUUUAUAAUGUGCGCCAACAGUUAAAACGUUCUAGAUUUAUAGAAAGUUAG